GUUUAAUGACGAGAACACCAUGGAAAAGAGAAUGCCCUUCUGCUGCCUCCUAUUUUAGUUUGGCAAAAUUCCCUGAUUCUGUUUUACUUUACAUGUGUGAUUACAAUGUUGACCAGCAAAUGGAGAAAAUAUUUAACACGUUGCUAAGGAUCAGCAGUUAGUAUUACUGAAACGACGAAGUGACAUCAGGAAGUGAGUGAACCUCCAAAACAACAAUUUUUGUUCCACGAAAGAACUCACCAGGAUAUUUCAUUCAAUUUUGAAGAUUGGACACAGUUUUGAAUUGGAAUUGUUCCUGGAAAUGAGUCUGUCACCCCCAGACCUGUUGAAGCUGCUGCGUCUCCUCGACGACGAGAAUGCCGACACUCCCCUGGAGACCCUUGCCAAGCAGCUCCACCAGGACUUUCCCUCCGAGGACCGUUUCAAGGUUGGCCUGACCCUGGUGCUGCUCCUUCAACAGAUUGACCUGCUUCCUAACCCCUCUCAGAGACUGAUAGCCAUAACCCUACUCUACCACCUGUACCAGAACGAGGCCUUCGCCUCGACGCCGUUCGCCAGUGUCUUCAACCAGAUCUUGAAGCCGAUGGAGACCACCGGCUCUGAUAAAUCAAGUCAGUCAAGUCAGCCAUCGAUACUGUCCCAGUACGAGACCAAGUUCCUUGCCAGUCUGCUAGGGUUUAAUCCAACGGAGACCCUCAAACGCACCCCCAGGAAGAUUAUCGAUAGCUUGCACUUCUCCCCGGCGACGCUCCACAGUGACGCACUGACGAAACUCCAGUUGCAGUUGGCAGAGCAACAGUCGGAAUUUCCAGCGGUCAGCAAAUGUGGAAAUCCGAUUAUUUUACCGGACUCCGAGGUCUCCAAGAAGGAGAGUGAUAAGAAUACGAAAAGAGAGGUGAUCGAGACCCUGAUCUCCGGAGACCCGCCCCUCUGCAGUCAAAACUAUUUCCCUGAAUUCCUGAGACUGGCGCCUCCUCUGUACAACAGCUCGAGUGGCCUCCCCUGGAUGGACGUCACCGAGCCCUCCCAAUUCACAGUGGAGUACGACACAACCAUGUGCAUAUCCAACAGUGCAGGUGCUGAAGCUCGCAGAUUAAUGGGAAAAGCCUUCAAAAACGUCCUAACCCUCCAGCAACAGCAGCACCUAGUCACUGAACUCGAGAAAGACCCCAAACUAGUCUAUUCCAUCGGUCUGACCCCCCUGAAGCUCCCUGAUCUCGUCGAGAAUAAUCCCCUGAUCGCCAUCGAAGUGCUCCUCAAACUCAUGCAGUCUAGUCAGAUAACCGAGUACUUCAGUGUUCUUGUCAAUAUGGAAAUGUCCCUGCACUCCAUGGAAGUCGUCAAUCGUCUCACGACAACUGUCGAUCUUCCCACGGAGUUUGUCCACCUCUACAUCAGCAACUGCAUCUCCACUUGUGAAACUAUCAAGGACAGGUACAUGCAGAAUCGACUGGUGAGGUUGGUCUGCGUGUUCCUCCAGUCGUUGAUCAGAAAUAAGAUUAUCAAUGUACAGGAGCUCUUCAUCGAGGUGCAGGCAUUCUGCAUUGAGUUCAGUAGGAUCAGGGAAGCUGCUGCCCUAUUCAGGCUGCUCAAGCAGCUGGAAUCAGGGGACGUGGCGGGGCUCAACACCUCGACGAAGAAGAAUAUCGAUAUUUGUUAGGAGUACUGGUAUCUGAGGAAGCAGGAGAGGGCAGUUGUCUGAGGUUAUUGUGCCCUUUAUCGCUGGAUUUGUGGACAUUGUGUGACUAAAGAUAUCAUUGCAUGGAUUGUUAGGAUUUUUUUAUGAUGUCAGGUGCAAAACAAUUCGUCAAAUCUUCGAGUUAACAACGGAUGAAGUGUUUUAGUCAGCAAUUGAUUUCGUGAAGCAUGACCUGAACUUAUUCUGGAUCUUUAUAAAUAUGAAAUAUAUGAAAUAAUAAUCAUUGUAUAUAAAAUCAAAUUAUGGCUUUUUUCUGUGCCUUGCUGGUGAAAUGGAGGAGAAAUACAAUUUUAAUGGAAUCCCUAUGGAA